AUGUCUGGUAGAGCCAGAGCCAGGGCAAGGGGACGGGCCCGUGGCCAAGACACAACUACACCCACGGUGGGAGCAGCAACCGUUCAACCACCUGGCUAUGGACAAACUAAACCCCAGAAACCUGAAACAGAGCCACCAGCCGAAGGAGAGCGGGUGGGACGUGGGCGGCAGAGAGGAGGGCCUGUCGCACCAAGAUCACCGGAACUUCAGAUCUCGGCAGGCUUUCAAGAAAUGACAUUGGGGGAAAGAGGUGGCCGUCGCAGAGACUAUCAUGACCUUGGUGUAAAUACUCGUCAAUCAAUGGAUCACGUUAAAGAAUCCAAAACAGGUACUUCGGGUACUUUAAUAAGGCUGAGCACAAACCAUUUUCGUCUGACGUCUCGUCCACAAUGGGCCUUGUAUCAGUAUCACAUUGACUAUAGCCCACACAUGGAAGCCCGGCGUCUUCGUUCAGCUUUGCUUUUUCAGCAUGAGGACCUAAUUGGAAGGACACAUGCUUUUGAUGGGACCAUUUUGUUCUUACCGAAGAAGCUGGAAAACAAGGUUACUGAAGUGUUCAGUCAGACCCGGCAGGGAGAGAAUGUGAAGAUUACUGUCACCUUAACCAAUGAGCUACCAUCUACUUCACCUACAUGCUUACAGUUCUACAACAUUAUUUUUAGAAGACUAUUGAAAAUAAUGAACCUGCAGCAAAUUGGACGAAACUAUUACAAACCAAGUGAUCCAAUCGAUAUUCCUAAACACAGGCUGAUGAUUUGGCCAGGCUUUACCACCUCCAUUCUACAGUACGAAACAAGCAUCAUGCUGUGCACAGAUGUGAGCCACAAAGUUCUCAGGAGUGAAACUGUUCUGGAUUUUAUGUACUCCAUGUUUGAUGAAGUGGGAGAACAGAGGUUCAGGGAAAUGUGUGCUAAGGAACUGGUGGGCCUGAUCGUCCUUACAAGGUAUAACAACAAAACAUACCGGGUUGAUGAUAUUGAUUGGGAUUCCAAUCCCCAAGAAGUCUUCAAGAAAUCAGAUGGAUCUGAAAUCCGUUUUGUGGACUACUACAAAAUGCAAUAUGGCCAGGAAAUCACUGACUUGCAUCAGCCAGUUUUGAUCAGCCAACCGAAGAGGAAGAGAGGCCCAGGAGGUGUCAUGGCAGGACCAGCAAUACUUAUCCCUGAGCUUUGCUACCUUACAGGGCUUACUGAUAAGAUGCGAAGUGAUUUCAGCGUGAUGAAAGAUUUAUCUGUCCAUACAAGACUUGCACCAGAGCAAAGAAUGCGUGAAGUUGGAAGGCUCAUUAAUUACAUUAACAAAGAUGAUAAUGUCCAGAAAGAACUCCGCGACUGGGGUUUAAGCUUUGAAUCUAAUCUGCUUUCCUUCUCGGGGCGAGUGGUUCAGCCAGAAAAGAUCCAUCAAGGAGGAAAAGUGUUCGACUACAAUCCACAGCUUGCAGACUGGUCUAAAGAAACCAGGGGAGCACGUCUCAUUAGUGUAAAGCCACUGGACAACUGGCUAUUAAUAUAUACACGACGAAAUUAUGAAGCUGCUAAUGUAUUAGCUCAAAAUCUCUUCAAAGUCACACCAGCAAUGGGCAUACAAAUGAACAAAGCAAUCAUGGUUGAAGUAGAGGACAGAACAGAAGCGUACUUGAGAAUCUUGAAGCAAAAAGUCGUUUCGGAUACACAGAUGGUGGUUUGCCUCCUAUCCAGUAACCGUAAAGACAAGUAUGAUGCAAUCAAGAAGUACUUGUGCACCGACUGCCCCACUCCAAGCCAGUGUGUCCUUGCUCGCACGUUGAGCAAGCCCCAGACCGUCAUGGCCAUCGCCACAAAAAUAGCGUUGCAGAUGAACUGCAAGAUGGGCGGAGAGCUCUGGAGUGUUGAGAUACCACUGAAACAACUCAUGAUUGUGGGCAUUGACUGUUACCAUGACACUGCUGCUGGCCGGCGAUCAAUUGCGGGAUUUGUUGCUAGCUUGAAUCAGGGAAUGACACGUUGGUAUUCACGCUGUGUUCUUCAAGAUCGUGGACAGGAAGUUGUGGAUGGACUCAAAACGUGCUUGCAAGCUGCUUUGAGGACUUGGUAUACCUACAACAACCACAUGCCUUCUCGAAUUAUUGUGUAUCGUGAUGGCGUUGGAGAUGGUCAGCUCAAAACUUUAGUUAGCUAUGAAGUCCCUCAGUUUUUGGAGUGCUUGAAAUCUGUUGGGAAAGACUACAACCCCAAACUCACAGUGAUCGUGGUCAAGAAGCGUGUGAAUAACAGGUUCUUCGCUCAGGUUGAUGGAAGACUUCAGAAUCCACCACCUGGCACAGUUAUUGAUCUAGAGGUGACCAGACCAGAGUGGUAUGAUUUCUUCAUUGUGAGUCAGUCUGUGAGAAGUGGCACUGUUUCCCCAACCCACUACAAUGUAAUCUACGAUAACAGUGCACUGAAGCCAGACUACAUGCAGCGGCUAACCUACAAGCUCUGUCAUAUGUACUACAAUUGGCCGGGAGUUAUUAGGGUGCCUGCUCCCUGCCAAUAUGCCCAUAAGCUGGCUUUCCUUGUGGGUCAGAGCAUUCACACAGAACCGAACUUAGCACUCUCGGAGAAUCUGUAUUACCUGUGA